GCCGGGUCCCUGGCUCUUCGGCCCCGCGCGCUCAGCUGCCGGGGGGCAGGCGCUUACCCCGGGGCAGGUGCUUCCGGGCGCCAGCGCAGGCCUCGCUCCGCAGUCUGCACGUCUCGGCGGGACCUCUCAGGCCUCUCCAGCUGUGGCCUUCUAGGACCAAAGAUCCCUCUUCUGUGACUGACUGCCGAGGAAGACAAUGAAUGAGGCGAAGGAGUCUCUUCGAAACAUCGAGCAGAAGUACAAGCUCUUCCAACAGCAACAGUUCACCUUCAUCGCCGCUCUGGAGCAUUGCCGGGAGAACGCCCACGACAAGAUCCGGCCCAUCUCCAGCAUCGGACAGGUGCAGAGCUACACGGAGCACUACUGCAACAACUCCACCGACCGGCGUACCCUGCUCCUGUUCCUGGACAUCUGCGCGGAGCUGAGCAAGCUGUGUCAGCACUUCGAAGCCCUGCACUCCGGCACGCCGGUCACCAACAACCUGCUUGAGAGAUGCAAAUCCCUGGUUAGCCAAAGCACCGACCUCAGCAGCCUUCGAGCAAAGUACCCUCACGACGUGGUGAACCACCUCAGCUGUGACGAGGCCAGGAACCACUACGGAGGCGUGGUCAGCCUCAUCCCCAUCGUGCUGGACCUGAUGAAAGAAUGGAUCGCCCAUUCGGAGAAGCUGCCCCGCAAAGCCCUGCAGCAUGUGAGUGAGCCCCCGGCACGCCAGGAAGCCACCGGGGUGGCCACUCGUCCUCCCUGGGCCAAGGGCGCCCAGCCUCGGUUAAGAAAGCACCAAUGUAGGCGGCUUACCAAAGACAGCCCCAAACCUAGGGGGAAUGACACAGGCUGUUCCAAACCUCCCUGGAGACCACCUGGCGGGAAACUGUAACUCAGAGCCGGCAACCUGCUGCGUCCCGCACGGUGCGUGGUCACUUAACUUGGUCUCCAGUGGCUGAGCCAUUCUCUGGCUCCCACAGUCCCCGCCACGGUUGAACCCCAAAGGGGCCUGCCCAAUACACUGUUGAGAACCUCGCUCCCUCUCUGUCACUUCUAAGCUCUCCUCGCCUUUGAGGGUCAGGCUCUGUGUCAAUGAAGAGGACCCUCACUUCCAGGGCUGUUGCGGGGGGGGUCCCGGGGAGGCUGCUGAGCGCUGGAGCCACUGGCCUGCCCAGGUGCUCUGGGAGCUCCCGGCCCGCACCCUGCCAGGCCCCGCCACGCUGCAGGUCUGGCUUUCUGGGCUGAGCUGUCGAGCCGGAGGCCUGCCAGCUUCCUUCCCGCCACAGUGGCAACCGUAGGCAAGGCCCAGCUCCCUGCGAGGCCCAGCUGCUCGGCCUGCCAGGAUGCUGAGGGCCGGCACGGCAUGAUUCCUCAGUGUGAUUAGGUUUCUGGACCAAAACCCAAAGGGGAAUGAACCUGCCUUUGCUCUCCUUUACUUGGGAGAGGGAGACCAUGACAGAAGCCGGAAGAAUUCUGAUUUUAUGGCUCCUGUGCAAGGACCGUUUCCUGAUUUUCACAACACAGUCAAGGCCCCGACAUUGUAAAAUGUGUCUCUGGCUUCUGAGCCUGCUGGAAGUUCUGACUGACUUUUCCCUUCACAGGGGGCGACUUAGCUUCGGUAUUCUUGCUUCCUCGGGGGCGACCAUCAAGAAUAAAAAGUGUUCUCCCA